GUGUAAGUGAGCGGAAGGCAAAAUAGACAGAGGCGAAUAUUACAGUGUCCAUAGGAAUAACAUGGUGACCUGUAGCAUGAGAUGUACAGAGGAACACCUGCUGGGAGCACCGGCCGCCUUCAGCUCCGGCAAAAGGAAAAGGGACAGUGGAUAUUCCCCAGGGGACGCCACACCGGGGGACAGAGGAGAGGGGGGACCGGACUGGCCCAGCGCGGGGAUCAAGAAGCGAGUCAAGUAUUCUCGGCACAGGAAGCAGAGGCUGGAGCUGAGGAGCUGCGAUUCUGGUGUGGCCGAUCUCUAUGAGACUCCCAGCCCGUCCCCAGUGGCGCCGACUCCGACAAAUGAGCCGUACGACUCCCCCUGCACCUCCAUGCCCGAUAGACUCGGCCUGCAGAGCUUCAGCGACUAUGGACACGACUGCUACCUGUUUAACAAGAGCCUGGAGGACAAGUUCCUUACAGUGAAUUGCUUGAAAAACCAGCCCCAGAUAAAGGCCGAGUCUCGCUGUAAACUUAUCAGCUGGCUGAUCCCUGUGCACAAACACCUUAAGCUUGGCUUUGAAUCCCUUUGCCUCACAGUUAAUAUCUUGGACAGGUUUCUCGCCUGCACACCGGUUGCUUCCGACUGCUUCCAGCUUGUGGGCGUCACUUCUCUCCUUAUUGCCUGCAAGCAGGUGGAGUCCCGGCCUCCGCGUGUGAAGCAGCUGCUGGCUCUGUGCUGUGAUGCCUUUUCCAGGGAACAGUUGUGCAAUUUGGAGUGUAUUAUCCUCCUCAAGCUGUGCUUCCGCAUCGGAGCCCCUACUAUAAACUUCUUCCUGCAACACUUCUCCCUUCUGAGAGUAACCAGCGUGGAAUCCCCUGACACUGAGCUCAUCGAAGCCACCAAGUCCAUGACCGUCGCCAGAGGCAUUGCAGAACUGAGCCUGGCAGAUUAUGCCUUCAACGCCUAUUCUCCAUCCCUCGUGGCCGCGUGCUGCCUGGAACUUGCCGAUCGCAUGUUGUGCCUUAGGAACCCAAUCGGUGUGCGGGUCAGUGGCUAUCACCAGAGCUUAAUAAAGGAGUGUGUGGGCAAGAUCGACUUACUUGUCUCCUUAAACCAAGACUCCUUGCACCGCCUCCUGCCAAGUCAGUUUUCUGUCAAGAGCAUCAAAGCGGAUAACUGAGCUGAUGGGACUCCCGUUACCUCCUGAGAUUGAUUUUCAUUUUGUGUGAGGCUGAAACCUUAACAAGCUAACACGAGCCUCUCACUAUAGUGCUGCUAUGUCUUCCACAAUGAUUUAACCGUCUUAGGGGCAUUAAUACAAUGAAGUACUUAUUGCAUAAAUAUGAAGCUAUCCUUGUCUAGCAGUAUUGCCUUUUAACUCCAGACUUGAAGCUGUUCUUUUUUUAAUGCAAUUCUUUUAAUUUAUUUUUUUAGUGCAAUAUUUAUGUUCUAAACAUUGCUAGAAACUAAACGUUUUACUGCUCUUGUCUUUCAUAUUCAUUUGCACUGAUAACCUUUGGUUACACCACUCUGUGUUAUUUGUAUAUAAUGUACAUAAUCUGGUACGUGUGCUGGUUGCGUUCAUGAACGUUCAUGGGCCACUGAUAUGGAUCUGAUGAUUGUUCUACUUGAAUAAAAUGUUUUAACAUG